AUGGAGAGGGAUACGCCCACCCGUGUUUUCCUUCUUUUCACACAAGUCUGUAUCCUGGUCCUCGCCGGAGCGCAGCUGGCUCUCUGUUUGCAGCCAGAAUGGGGCAACGGAUUUUCGGUAUACGACAUCGCUUCAGCCGAAUUCUUCAACCUCCAUCCACUCCUCAACGUUUUGGCAUUCGGCGUCGCCAUGACAGAAUCGCUUAUCAGCUUCCAGGGCUUUGGGCUGCGCCACGGAGUGGCAAAGACACUUCAUGCCCUCUUACAGCUCGCCUCACUCAUCCUCGGCAUUGCCGCGUUUUCAAUUGUCGUCGCUUACCACAACGCAAACAGCUACCCAAACUUCUAUAGGUUCGCCCCUCCUGCUCUUAAAGCGGCGUUCCUAAGAUAUCAUAAAGUUGGGGGCCUUGCCGUUUACUGUGGGGCUAUGGCGGCAGUUUGCACUGGUCUGAUGCAAAAACAAUCCUUCUUGAGGAGCCGCACGCCCCAGGCGCCGUUGUUUGGAUCAGCAAAUCUCUUGGCGAAUGCCACUGCCGUCGUCUCAGUGCUGACAGCUCUCGGGGUGCUUGGGGUGUUGGGGGCUGACAGGACGACUUCGGCUGGUUGCGAGGCCUCGCGGCCUGGCGACCCCUCGUGCGCUACGCCUUUCCCUCCUCCAGGUACAGCAGAUACGGGGUUUAUGGGAGCAGAAAAUCAGCCCUCCGCACAGCUCCGUCGAAACAAAGCACCUAGCAACAGGCCCCCCCGUUCCUUAAACCAGUUCAUGUAUAGUGAAUACACUCCUAACACAGCUAGCAUGACCGGCGAAACGCAUUUGUUUCGCACACCGUCGCCUUUUCUGGGUCCCGUAGGUGUGUGGGGUUUGGACCUCCCUUAUUGCACGGCCUCAUAUUACUUGCCUUUGUACGCAUGGAACGCUGAGACAGACCCUUGCUGCAUGCUUUGGAUCACGUUAGACGAAUGUUUACUAUGCUGGCUAACCGACUCCUUUCUCGUGGAUCCUGACCCUCCUGCUGCUCUGUCGAACGCACCCUCUAACUUCCUUGCUUCCGAAGCUCAAUCACUCCCCGCGGAGUUUACAAAAAGUUUUGGAGGCAGAGGCAAUACACAGGAGCUAAUGGAUUACAUGGCUAAGAACGCUUCCGAGGAGACUACAGGUCUGUACAUACCAACGGCUACGAGUUGCUACUAUGGCUUCUACGCUGUCUGCCACCCUAUUGAGCUUGAUUUCGGGAAGUAUGUGCGCCCUGCGCACACCUUCAAUUCUAAUUGUCCGCAUUUAUGUGCAAAACCUGAAAGCAACACUACAAAUAUGCAAUACAGGGUUAGAUUGCCGGUCGCGUUGUCGAAUGGAGCUGAGCUACCAAGGCAUCCCACGAACAUUGAGUGGAGAACUUCUGUGGUAGUGCAGCCCUUUGACGCCCGCUCAUCUAAAAGAUGCAGUCAACGUCAUGGGAAUUUCAAUGUACUCGGUACCCCAUCUGACUUUGCUGCGAGUGUGCACACCCAAGAAUCCCGUGGGGACCUUGAAAGUGCCCACUAG